AGAGGGAGUUCUCAAGAGGAGAGAGAGAGAGGGAGUUCUGCAUGGACGCGGAAGGAGAUAAUCAUUAUGAAAUAUUAGGGCUUCCAUCGGGCGAAGAGGGCGCCAAGCUAACCCCAGAAGAUAUCAAGAAAGCAUAUAGGGCAAAAGCUCUUUCCUCUCACCCUGACAAGCGCCCCGACGACCCCCAUGCCCACUCCAACUUCCAGAAAAUCACUUCCUCUUACGAGAUUCUCAAGAAUCCCGAUGCUCGAAAAGCCUUCGAUGCCCUCCUCCGUGCCAGGAACGAUCGCCUCCGCCGUGUUUUGCAUCUCGACUCCAAGCGCCGGAGGAUGAUGUCCGAUCUUGAGGAACGGGAGCGUGCCGCAUUUUCCGUUGAUCCAGAAGAGAAGGCCCAGGCGGAGGAUGAGAGGGCCGCGCGAAAGUUUCAGGAAGAAGUGACGAGGAUUCGGGAGACGCACGCCAAGAAGAAAACCGCUGUGGCAGAGGAGGGCAGCAGGACCAGGGAAGGUUUGGAAAGGGCGAGAGUUUUGAAGGUCUCUUGGGAAAGGGAUGGAGACGAUUACCGUGCGGAGAGGCUGAAGAAGUUAUUCACGAGGUUUGGAAAGGUCGAGGUUGUGGUGAUCCGGGGCAAAAGGUCGAAGAAGAAGAGAUCAGCUCUUGUUGUCAUGGCGACAAAGGAGGGUGCGGUUGCUGCAUCACAAAGUAUGCGUGGGGAUAUAUCAAACCCUCUUGAUGUUGUUCCUCUACAUCCUGAUGACAAUCAUUUAUCAAGCACACCUCCUACGAAACAUGCUAAGUCUGACGCUCCAAAUCUAAGCAAUCUUUUUGGUGCUGGUUAUCGGGCUUAUGAAGACUCCAUUUUAAAGAAGCUCCAAAAGGCUGCUGAGAAACAAAAAUCAUGAAAAAGCAAUGAGAGAAUUGGGUCUGGAAUCCCUGCACAUGUUUCAUCACAUCUUAUUCUAGUUGAUUUGUAAAGGAGGUAAUGGCAUUUACUAUUUCUUUUCAUUCUUCAUCAUGUUAGAUUCAAUGGUGAAUUAAUAGGUGGUUUGGAAUAUCCAACUCCAGAGGAACCUGGACGAUUGGGAAAUCGAUGAAUUCGUGCAACUUCUUGACUGCAUUCAGCAGGCAAACCCGAAUCAGAUAAACUGGGACAAUCUCAUUCGGAGGUCAGAUAGAUCCUCCAUUUUCUCAGUCAGUUUGUUUUACAAGCAGCUUAUGUUCAAGCCUGGUAACGCUGCCACGUAUGAACCCCACUUCAUAUGGAAGUACCCGGUCCCUCCAAAGCUACAGGUUUUUGCUUGGCUGGCUGGGAACAGGAAAAUUCUUACUGUGGACAAUCUUAGAAGAAAAGGGAUGAUCCUUACUAAUGUGUGCAUUUGCUGUCUGAAAGUGGAAGAAACAGUUGAGCACCUGCUCAUCCUCUGUCCGUUCGUCUCUGCCAUUUGGGCAGAUCUCCUCUCCUGUUUUAAGAUCAGUUGGUGCUUUCCCAAAGACGCGGACCUGCUGCUGAAAGCUUGGCACGGUAUCAGAAUGGGCAAGUUGAAAACCCUCCUAUGGAGGAUGGCGAUCCUUGCCACAUGGUGGGUUGUGUGGACAGAAAUAGCAGAUGCUUCAGAAACGAAUCUAAAUCCCCUCAGUUAGUUGCUUCCUUCGCCAAAUGUUUAAUUGCGGAAUGGGCCUAUCAUAUUGUUGAUCUUAAGGAUGUUGAUUUUGCUUUUUCAGGGGCCUGAUUAGUUUCUGCUUCCUCAGCAGACUCUAUCUGAUGUAUUUCUGUUUUUCCUUUUCAAUAUAAUCAGUUACCUUUCAAAAAAAAAAAAAAAAGGGCUUCCUGUUGUCUUUUCUUAAAGUAAUUUAAGGUAAUGAAAGAAGAUAGAAAUCCUAGGGGCUUCUUGGCCGAUGGAAUUGAGCCCGAGAUGCAGCAAGUGUAGGCUUACUACAGAGGUCUCUUGUAAGUUGUAACAUGGGGGUAACUGAAGGCAGAUAAUUUUUGGGUGUGAUUCUUUGCUCCA